CCCCCCGCCCACCUGGUGGCCCCGGCCCUGGCCGCGGCUCCCGCGGCCGUUCCCCGAGCUCGUCCCGGACGCGCGCCCGGGCGGCGGGGGCUCGGCGGCCACCGCUGCCUCGGGGGAGCGAGGGCGGGAGGGUGUGUGUGCGCGCGUGUGAGCAGGGGGUGCCGGCGGGGCUGCAGCGGAGGCACUUUGGAAGAAUGACUCUGGAGUCCAUCAUGGCGUGCUGCCUGAGCGAGGAGGCCAAGGAAGCUCGGCGGAUCAACGACGAGAUCGAGCGGCAGCUCCGCAGGGACAAGCGGGACGCCCGCCGGGAGCUCAAGCUACUGCUGCUUGGGACGGGAGAGAGCGGCAAGAGUACGUUUAUCAAGCAGAUGAGAAUCAUCCACGGGUCGGGCUACUCUGAUGAAGACAAAAGGGGCUUCACCAAGCUGGUGUAUCAGAACAUCUUCACGGCCAUGCAGGCUAUGAUCAGAGCCAUGGACACGCUCAAGAUCCCCUACAAGUACGAGCAUAAUAAGGCUCAUGCACAGUUGGUUCGAGAAGUCGACGUGGAGAAGGUGUCUGCUUUUGAGAAUCCAUACGUAGAUGCCAUUAAGAGUUUAUGGAAUGAUCCUGGAAUCCAGGAAUGCUAUGACCGACGACGAGAGUAUCAGUUGUCUGACUCUACCAAAUACUAUCUUAAUGACCUGGACCGCGUUGCUGACCCCGCCUACCUGCCUACGCAGCAAGAUGUGCUUAGAGUUCGAGUCCCCACCACAGGGAUCAUCGAAUACCCCUUUGACUUACAAAGUGUCAUUUUCAGAAUGGUCGAUGUAGGGGGCCAAAGGUCAGAGAGAAGAAAAUGGAUACACUGCUUUGAAAAUGUCACCUCUAUCAUGUUUCUAGUAGCGCUUAGUGAAUAUGACCAAGUUCUCGUGGAGUCGGACAAUGAGAACCGAAUGGAGGAAAGCAAAGCACUCUUUAGAACAAUUAUCACCUAUCCCUGGUUCCAGAACUCCUCGGUUAUCCUAUUCUUAAACAAGAAAGAUCUUCUAGAGGAGAAAAUUAUGUAUUCCCACCUAGUUGACUACUUCCCAGAGUAUGAUGGACCGCAGAGAGAUGCCCAGGCAGCUCGAGAAUUCAUCCUGAAGAUGUUCGUGGACCUGAACCCAGACAGUGAUAAAAUUAUCUACUCCCACUUCACGUGCGCCACAGACACCGAGAACAUCCGCUUUGUCUUUGCUGCCGUCAAGGACACCAUCCUCCAGUUGAACCUGAAGGAGUACAACCUGGUCUAAUUGUGCCUCCUCGACACCGCCCUUCCCUUCCCUGGUGGGCUAUUGAAGCUGUACAAGAGGGACUGUAUUUCUGUGGAAAACAAUUUGCAUAAUACUAAUUUAUUGCCGUCCCGGACUCUGUGUGAACGUGUCCACAGAGUUUGUAGUAAAUAUUAUGAUUUUAUUUAAACUAUUCAGAGGAAACACAGGAUGCUGAAGUACAGUCCCAGCACAUUUCCUCUCUCUUUUUUUUAGGCAAAACCUUGUGACUCGAUGUAUUUUAAAUCCUCGUCAUGCACUCGCCCAGAUAAGUGUUGUUUCUUUCUCUCUCUUUUUUUUUUCUUUUCUUUUCUAUUGAGCAAAACAAAGCUGAUUGCCCUUCCGCUAACCCAUACCCACCGCCCCACCCCCACCCCGAUUUUUCCCUGGUUACAAUGGCCUUUACCUUAGUCCCAUUCUUGGUCAAGUUUUUCUCCCAAAUGAUACAGUCAGGACAGCAUCAUUUGAUUUAAGCCAUUGACAUCAGCUUAAUUUCAAUGUUCGUAGUUUUGCUGAAGGAUUCUAAAUAUGAAUACUGUGGUUUUCACUGUAUGGCCCUGGAUACACAUACAGAGUUGUUUUAUAUAAAUAUAUUGUCUUGCCUCACUUUGGGCUAGGAUAACGGAUGCCCAUCUUACGGUUAAGUGUCAUUUCUUUUGGAUUUCUACCUUCAGCCAUAGCUUGGUCGCUCAGAGAAAGAUGCACAAGUCAGUAAGGCAAGAACAGAGACACACAGUUUUUGUUUUUUAAAUGCCAUGUGCCAUGGUCCUUCUACCCACCCUUUUUUUUUUUUUAACCCUCUCUUUAAAUUGCAGAUGCCAAAAAAUAUGCAUAUGCCAACAGACACUACAUUACCCCAAAGGCUGCUACCCAGAAUCUUUUUCUUAGGUUGUUCUUGGUUUCUACCCCUCUUGGUUCAGGUUUUUCCUCCCUUUUUUCCCCCUUAGUGUUUGGGCCAGAAUUUAUUAUGGGUGUGUGUUGCCAAAGCUGGCUUUUUAUAAAAGGAAAAUGGUGAAAAUGUAAAAGAUAAAAGCCAGUAUCUUAACAUGGAAGAGAGUAAGACUGAGUCCUAAAGUAAUUGGCUGAGAACAACCCCGAAACACCAAACAAUCGGUAACUGUAAAUUUGUUUGGCAUGGUCCAUUCUUUUCUUUGCUGUGAGAUCACAUUGUUCAGUGUCCAUUCCAUGUUGCGUGUCCAGAUCGGCAAUGUAACACAGUGUCUUUGUGAUAGAACACGAAAUCUGCUAUCUCGUCACUUAAAGCCAGUGUUACUCUUUAUGCUCUUUAAGGUCAAGUAGGUCUGCCAAGAACAUUGGUUGAGUAUUCUGAUGCCUCUGAUUUGCAAAACCUUUACUUCCUGCUGGUUUACCACCUUUGGGAUCUUUCUAAACUGGUCACUGGUUAAGUUGAACCCAAGGAAGACUUGCGGACUCAAGAGUAGCUUGUCCGUGUUCUACAGAACAUGUAUUUAUGUCACUGAGCCUACUAGGAGAGAUAUUGGGAGUUCUCUAUGUGCAAUUUAUCAACAAAUGCAAAGAAGAAAAACAAAAACACAGCACUUGUAUUGGUGAGCUUGAGUUGAAAUAGGAUUUAAGGAAAUAAAUCAAGAUUGUUUGAAACCUGCUGGGGAGCAGGAAUGAGGCCACGACACUGGUCUUACUUUAAGUAUCAUACUAUUUGGCCCAAGUCUAAACUUCCCUAUCAAUCACUCUUUGGGAGACAGCACAGGGAAGAGAGAAAACGCAUGGCUUAUUAGAGGAGUCCAAGGAGUUCCUAAGUCAUGGUAGAACGUUAUCCUUCUUUACUUUCCCAGCCACAAACAACACAGGUUACCUUUUCACUUUGCUCAGAAAGUACCUGUAAUUUAAUUAAGAACCCGACUGCCUGUAGGUAUAGUGCAAUUCUGAAUGCUCUAAUCAUUGUACAUACAUCUCUUGAUAUUGCAGCGUCCAUACUGGCUUUGUAAUCAUUAAUUUUUUGGCAGAUUGAAUGUGCUGUAUUGAUAUGUAUCUAUGUAAUUGUAUGUCUUAUAGCUAAUUCACAUUUUGAAUAAUGUUAUUUUAUUUACUUUUUUAAGAGAGGAGAAUGUAAAUUUGUCAGUUUAUUUCUGACUAGGGAUAUUUUUUUUUUCCAUUUAGAAAAGAAAAAAAAAUCUUACUAUCGUACAGAGCGGUACUAGCAUCGUGCUGUAUAAAAUCAUUUGCACAUUCCUGAGUAGAGGUAUACUGGUAAGACCCAAAGGUAAUUUCAUAGCAAAAUACAUAAAAUCAGUCGGAGCUUUUAUACAAACAUGGAAACCAACUUUGUAGAACUUUUGCCAUUUGACCUAGGAUUGGAAUAUGAGCUUUUAUACAAUUCAUAUUCUUAUUUGGCAAAUGCACAGUUUAGUAUUACCUCUCUGAUGGCCUUUAUUAGAAAGGCAGUUUUAGAAGCUAUUGUGAUCCACUAAGGAAAUGUUUUAACAGCUAGAGACCACUGCUUGCCCAAAAGGGCAAUCUUAAAUUUGGUGCAGCAAAAAAAAAGAAAAAAAACAAAAAACAAAAAACAAACAAAAAAACCAUGAAAAAAAAGAAAAAAAGAAAAAAAGGGAAAAAAAUGAAAAAAGAAAAAAAAAAACAAAAAAAAAGAAAAGAAAAAAAGUCAACAAUAACAUUUGAAGGCCUACAGUGUGUAUAGAGAAAACCUCAUCACAAGAUCAUAAGUGUUACAGUUUUAGGGAAUCAAGAUAUUCUAUUUACUAGAGCUAUAGUAGAUGUAGUCGAUUAAACAUGAUCUCAAAGCUCGAAGAAGAUGAGCAAACAGGGAAAGAUUGUUCUAUUUGUCUUUAUGAAAUUGGGAUGGAAUUGCUAUGCAGAACUGAGGUUUGUGGCUUCACUGUUUGCUGUAGGGUGCAUGACAGGAUCCCUUUCUGUUGAGAAAGGAAGAAAUUGAUCACCCUAGCUGCAGUGACGCAUGGAAACCUAAUUGUAUCCACACUAGUCCAUCGAAGCUAAAGGAUUUUCUUUUCUGUUUCUUUGGGGUUUUAUUGAAGGGGCUAGGGGCGGGAAGGGAUUCUUCUCAGUUUUGUAUAAAAACAAAAGUUUACUCAUGCUUUCUAUUAUAUUGUGAUUGCAAGCGUUAGAAGCGUGUGCCACUGGACUCCUCACAUUGAUGCUCCAGGUCAUGGAGGCCCGUGGCGAGUUUUUGGUGACUUGGGCAUGUCUUGUUCAAAAAGAAAAACACAAACACAAAAACCUUUCUUCAGCAUACCAAGGCAAGCAGCCAUUUCAUGACUCACUCAACACAUUGCAGUGUACCAGUUUACAGAUAAUUUUCCCUCUUUCGCGUGACAUGGCAGUUCUAAACCCACAGAGAAUUCCUCACUUGUAAAUUGGAGGUUUGUACUAUGCCUUACAGAGCUUAAAUUCAGAAGUUUGUGCCUCAUAUCUGAAACAAAGGGAAAUAACACACCUAUUCAAAAGUCAAUAAAUCCCCUCGACGUUUUUUUUGUUUUGUUUUGUUUUGUUUUUAAAGACAUUUUCAUAUAAAGAGCUCUGUUGAAUGUCAUGAAUACUGGGAAAAAAAAUCUUAGGAACCUGCAUAUGUUGUUUACUAGCAUAUGACACCUACAAAAGGUAUUCGAAGAACACCUGAAACUUGUAUUUUUUGUGUGUGUGGAUUAACUAGCAAGCCUACUAUUAAAAAAAAAAAAAAAAAGGUAAUUCAGCUAAAGGACAAUUUACUUUUUGUACUUUAGACUAUCUUGACUGUCAAGGUGUAUGAACUGUAAUUUUAAAAUUUAUACUGCCACAUGAUUGUAAAUUUUAGUUGUCUUAAGUUAGGCAUUGAUAAAAAGCUAUUUAUGCUGGAUUUGGGUCAAAUGACUUAUUUGCAAAAAAUAAUAAUAAUAAUGGGAAGAAAGGGCUGUAUAAUGAGAUACUGCAAGACUCAGAUAGUGGUUGGAAAUAACCUUCAAAAUUACCCUCAAUUUCCCUUUGUUUUCAGUUUCUCAAAAAAAAAAAAAAAAGAAUGAAAUGAAAUAUAGAAGAAUGUUAACCCGUAUCAAAAUAAAGUGUACCCAAGUAUUGUAAUGUAUAUUGCUGCUCUUCUUAAAAUUAAAUAAGGGUGUAAAACCA